AUGGAGAAGGAUUCAAAAGUCUCUCGUGCCUUGAAGGCACUUGAGGUCCGUCACGAACCUGGUCUUACCGAUGUCCAACUCAUGCUCAGCAACGAAGACCUGAAGCCUGUGGAGCCUGCACGUAGACAAUGGGGUGCAUGGCACUUCGUCGCCUUCUGGAUGGCCGACUCUUUCAACAUCAACACAUGGAUGAUCUCCAGCGCCAGCGUCCAGGACGGCCUCUCAUGGUGGCAGUCAUGGAUCUGUGUCUGGAUCGGAUACUCCAUCGCCGCCGUCUUCGUCGUCCUCACUGGCCGUAUCGGAGCAAAAUACCACAUCUCUUUCCCAGUCGUCUCUCGAUCCAGUUUUGGUAUCUGGGGAGGUCUAUGGCCAGUCUUCAACCGCGCGGCCAUGGCCUGUGUGUGGUAUGGUGUGCAAAGUUGGAUUGGAGGCACCUGCGUCUACCUCAUGAUCCGCAGCAUUUGGCCCAGCUGGGACAAAUACCAACAGGGUGGACCCAAGAACACACUGCCCGAGUCUUCUGGCACCAACACUCGCGACUUUGUCAGCUUCUUCCUCUUCUGGGCAUGCUCCUUGCCUGCAUUGUGGUUCCCCGUCCACAAGAUCCGUCAUCUCUUCACCGUCAAGUCGAUCGUUGCACCUGCUGCCGGUAUUGCCUUCUUCAUCUGGGCUAUCGUCAGAGCACAUGGUCUCGGACCUAUUAUUCGUCAGCCCGCAAAGCUUGAAGGUGGUGAGCUCGGAUGGGCCAUCGUCAAGGGUAUCAUGAGCGCUAUUGCAAACUUUGCCGCCUUGAUCAUGAACAACCCGGACUUCAGCAGAUUCGCAAAGCGUACCGACAGCGCCAUGUUGUCCCAACUCAUCACCAUUCCCGUCGGUUUCGCCGUAACCUCCUUCAUCGGCAUCAUUGUUUCCUCAUCCUCUGCCGUCAUCUAUGGUUCGCCCGUUUGGUCACCUUUGACCCUGCUUGAAAACUUCCUCAACGACGCCAACGUCAGUGGUGCUACACGUUUCGGUGUCUUCGUUAUCGCCGCCGCCUUCUCUCUCGCCCAACUCGGUACAAACAUUGCCGCCAACUCGGUUUCUGCAGGCACAGACAUGACUGCGCUCUUCCCUCGCUUCCUGUCCAUCAGACGAGGCUCAUACAUCUGUGCCAUUGUUGGCUUGUGCAUGUGUCCCUGGAACCUAAUGAGCUCGAGCAACAACUUUACCACCUACCUCUCAGCCUACAGCGUAUUCCUGUCAUCGAUUGCCGGCGUCAUGGUCUGCGACUACUACCUUGUCCGCAAAGGAUACUUGCAGGUCAGAAACCUGUACUCGGCUGACAAGACCGGACCCUACUACUUCACCUACGGCGUGCAUUGGCGAGCAUAUGCCUCAUACAUUGCAGGUAUCCUCAUCAAUGUCGUUGGCUUUGCUGGCGCAGUGGGCCAAAAGGUUCCUGAAGGCGCGACGUACAUCUACGACCUCAACUACUUCUGCGGUUUCUUCAUCGCAGCGAUCACGUACUGGUGCUUGUGCAAGGUGUCGCCCAUCCCUGCUACAAGCGAGACGUGGCUCGAAGUUGACGAUGAUGGUGAGCAGAACAGCUUGGAAUAUGAUGGACAGUUCGACGAAGAGGCCAUGGGUGAAAUGGUCGAGGAUGGAAAGAAGAUUGAUGCCAAGGUUGUACAGUACUGA